AAUCUCCGUGCGAAUUACUUCAGGCAGUUGUUAUAUAUUCAGCACAGUAUGAGAGAGGCCCGGCUCUAGGGCACAUCGUGAUAACUACAGGGCUGCGUUCCCUUCUAUACUGUAUCUGACAGGCGAUAGGAUGCGUCGGAAAGUGUCCAGUUCCACACAGGAAAAGCACCGGGCCACCGACACCACUUGGGAAGACACCGCAGCCUAUGGCGAAAGUCUAGUUAAUGGCGAGGCCUCUGAGAAAAAGCCGGCCAGUGGAAGUUACCAGACAAGAUCUAGUGCUACAAUGGAAGAACGAUCCCCAGAGGACAAAAUGAUAAGCAUCAAGACGGUGACAUCCCCGAUACGGCCGGUGGAGGCCAACGGUAUCCGCUUGCGAUUCCGGAUGAAAGUUAUCCUUGCGGUGGCCGCCUUCGUCGCCGUAACUAUGCUGUUCUACCCCAGCUGUAAGACUACUACCUACCCUACGGACCGGUUCGGCCAGCAUACGGCCUACAACGGCACCUACCCCAUGACGUCCCCAUGGUUCUCCGAUAGGGGGACUCACUACCGAAUCGGCCUCAUCACCGAUCUCGACCACGCCUCCAAGAACGACGAGAAGACGUGGAAGAGUUUCUACAAGAAAGGCGUUCUCGUCAUGAAGGGAGACCGUGUGGAGGUGACCUGGGAUGACUCCCAGCCCACUGUCAUGACCUCCACGCUCGCCCAGGGCGGGCGGUCCAUGGAGCUGUCUGAACUGUGUGUUUUUAACGGGCGGCUGUACAGUGUGGACGACAGGACAGGGGUGGUGUAUGAGAUAGUACAGACAGGGGACAAGACUGUGGCUGUGCCGUGGGUCAUCCUGGGGGACGGGAAUGGCCGAUCCACAAAUAAAGGUUUUAAAGGAGAGUGGAUUGCAGUGAAAGAUGAGACGAUGUAUGUGGGAGGACUGGGAAAGGAGUGGACCACUACUACAGGUGUUGUACAGAAUACUAAUCCUCAGUGGGUGAAAACAAUAGGUUUCCAUGGUGAUGUGGCUCACCAUGACUGGGUGGGGAACUACAACGCCAUGAGAGAGGCAGCAGGGUUUAGCUACCCAGGCUACAUGAUCCAUGAAUCCGGCGUGUGGAGUGACAUCCACCAGCGCUGGUUCUUCCUGCCCCGCCGGGCCAGCCAGUUCAGCUAUAACGAGGCGGACGACGAACACAGGGCCACCAACCUCAUCAUCUCCUGUACCGAAGACUUUAGGGACAUCAAGGUCCAAACUAUAGGGAAGCUGAACCCCAUCAGGGGCUUCUCAUCCUUCAAAUUCAUUCCAGGAACACAGGACCAAGUCGUGGUUGCACUGAAGACAGAGGAGGACAGGGGUGCAAUAGCAACAUUCAUCUCAGUCUUCAGGCUUGAUGGGAAAUAUCUGCUCACCGAUCAGAGGAUAGAAGGGGAUUUUAAGUAUGAGGGUGUUGAAUUUAUUUGAGGCUACGUUACCACUUUAACUUGUGGCUUUCCAAUUGCUUCAUCUAACGGUGGUUCUCAAAUGCUUCAUCUGAAAUUGCAGUAGAGGUAAUUUAUGACAUAGUACAAUGUACCUUCAAAUGACAGAGAGCGGUUCAUAACAUAUCACCUCGUGGUAUUAGACUUAAUUGCUCAGCUUUAAGACUGUUGUUGCUGUCUAUUUUGAAGCAGUCAACAACUACUUGACACAUAAAAACUGCAUUGAGUUUGCUUUCAGGUUUUACUGUCCUGCUAUGAUGAGAGCUUUGAGUAUUUUUUUCAAAGCUCUUGUAGCAGUUUCCAAAUGCACUCCAAAGCCAGACUUUUUGUUAAAGUAAUAGGAAACAGUUUUUUUUUUAAGUAGAUUUAUUUGGCAGAUGAAUUGUUAAGCAUUACUGUUUUGUAAGACAUCCCAGGCUGCUUUCAGUUUUAAGUGGAACUUACCUCUCCAGAAUUGGUAGAAUGGUUGUGCAUAUUGUUUGACUUAAGUGUUCUCAGACAUACAGUGUACUAUGCAAUAUGAAUCAGGAAUUACUUAAAUGUCUAGUAAAAAAACUGUAACAAACUAGUGAUGUUAGAUUGCAUUACUUCCACCUAACCUGAAGAAAACAAUGUAAUGAAUUAAUUAUACAUGUGUAUAUAACUACUAGUAUAUGAAAUAAAUAGGCACCACUGGUGCUUAUUUAUUUCACAGUCAUCUUAACAACACAAUGCUGCACCACUUUUCAAACCAACUCUACACUUCAUUUGGUUUUUAGGCAGAGUAUUUUUUAAUGAGAUUUUUAAUUCUAACUGGAAUAGUGUUAAGUAUCAAGUUUGUUACUGUUUGUAGCAAGUGACUUUUGCGUAGAAUGGAUGAUCACUACGUAGCAUGGAAGCCGCUUGUUUCCUGCAUCGCUUGACUCCAUGCAGAGUUUAGUGACAUCUGUGGUCCCCAUAGGUUAAGGUCAUAGUCAGACUGCUGAUUUCAAUGGAUAAAAUGAUACAUGCAGCAAGUCCUCAUAUUGAAGGCUCCUGAAUUCUAUUAGAUUUGAAAUGAAAAUGCAAAAGGUACAUUAUGCUGAAAGUUUGUAAGUUGGUGGGUAAUAUGAUAAAAGUUUAAUUUUUUAAUCUACCAUUAGAGACCACCUAAAAGAACAGUAACUCACCAUUCUUUAUAGGUGUGGCUGAAAAAUUGGGAAGGUACAAUUUAAAAUUUAAACAGAAAUCAUUAUUGAGGAUGAAAAAAGUAUGUUCCUAUGUACCAGUAUCUGGUAUCUUUACAUACAUGUACAACUGGUUGUUUUUUGUGGUGGGUGUAUUCAUAACAAUAUCACAGAGAAAUGCUAUGAUGCAAAAACAUCUUACUGGGUAUUAUAACACCAUGGGUUUAUAGUGGAUUCUACUAAAUGUUCUACAAGUUGGAGGUGUACAGAAUAUGUGAAAUAAAAUGACAUUCUAGAUAAAU